AUGGAUGGGCACAGUCUCAAUGGAGGUCUCCAAGACCUUGCGACAUUGGCAUUGGUAGCAGCUGAAGAGAUAGAUGCUGACAGAGUGAUGGCAGCUGAGGAUAUCGACAUUGAAAGAGUGACGCCAGCUGAAGAGAUCGAUGCUGACAGAGUGAUAGCCUGGAGAGUACGGUGCAACAACAACACAGCCAGUGGUCUUAAGCAACAUACCAUACUCAUCACGAGGUGGCCAAGUGGCGAUGACGACGGAGAUGACGAUGAUGACGACCAGAAUGAUGACGACGACCAUGAUGAAUACGACCAUAACGAUGAUGAUGACAGUGACGACAAGUACAUUAGCCAGAGGAUUAGACUGUUAUCGCGAUCAGCUGUUGGCAGUGUUGGCUUUGACGAUGAUGAUGAUGAUGACCAUGACUACCAGGAUGAUGAUGACCAUGAUGAUAACGACUACCAGUAUGAUGACGACGACCAGGAUGAUGGAGAGGAAGAUAACAGCGAUACCGAGGACGAUGAUGACACUGCCAUCAUUGAUAAGAUCGAACCGCCUGUCAAACAGAGCUGCGGUGUGUCAUUGAAAGCGAGACACUCAAGGUUGCCAGGCGAUGACAAACCGAUGCCUUUGGAGUACCGCUUCAGCAAGGCCAAGCCCACUUAUUCGCAGAACCUCAAGCUUGCAGCUAUAGUUACUAACAAACAGUUUAUGGAUCUAAUAGAGUCAGAGGAAGAGAGGGAGCAAGUGUUGAAGUUGUGGAGACAGUUGCACAAACUUACUGUCAUUGCUUUGGAUCCUGAUUUGAAGAUAACUGCUGUUGCUGCGCGCGAUUGA